CUGUAUUGCCUAAUAAUGUACAAUAAUCUUUUUACAGAUUCAGAAAAUGAUCUGCAAAAUAAGCGACUGAAGCUAGACUAUGAGGAAAUCACUCCGUGCCUGAAGGAUGUUACUCUGGUCUGGGAGAAGAUGCUCGGGACUCCUGGGAGGUCAAAGGUCAAAUUUGAUCCGGAUGCCGUACAUGCUGCACUCACACAUGGUGUCCCGAGGCAGCACAGAGGGGAGAUUUGGAAGCUCCUCUCUGAACAAUUUCUUCUGCGUCAGACCGUCCCGUCACGACCUCCAGCCAAUGAUACUCCGUACAAAGAACUGCUCAAAAAGCUCACGUCACAGCAGCAUGCCAUCCUCAUCGACCUUGGUCGCACUUUUCCUACUCAUCCAUAUUUCCAGGCUCAGCUGGGGGCAGGGCAGUUGUCUCUCUAUAACCUGCUCAAGGCCUAUUCGUUGCUGGAUCCGGAGGUGGGCUACUGCCAGGGCCUGUCCUUCAUUGCUGGAGUACUUCUGUUACACAUGGGGGAGGAGGAUGCCUUCAACAUGCUCAAAUUUCUCAUGUAUGACAUGGGCUUGCGCAAACAGUAUAGGCCUGAUAUGAUUAUCCUUCAGAUUCAGAUGUAUCAGCUGUCCCGGCUGCUCCAUGACUAUCACAGGGAUCUGUACACUCACCUGGAGCAGCAGGAGAUUGGGCCCAGUUUAUAUGCUACUCCCUGGUUUCUCACCAUCUUUGCAUCUCACUUCCCUCUCGGCUUUGUGGCCAGAGUCUUUGAUAUGCUGUUCCUCCAGGGGUCAGAGGUCAUCUUCAAGGUAGCUUUAAGUCUCCUGGGAAGCCACAAGCCUCUCAUCUUACAACAUGACAGCCUCGAGUCCAUAGUCGAUUUCAUCAAAACCACAUUGCCUAAUUUGGGGUUGGUGCAAAUGGAGAAAACAAUAAACCAGGUGUGCGAAAUGGAUGUUUCAAAGCAGCUCCAGGCUUAUGAAGUGGAGUACCACGUUCUGCAGGAUGAACUUUUGGACACGCCCCCAACCCUCAACCAACAGCAGCGGGCGGCACAGCUGGAACGGACCAAUCAGAGCCUUCGGCAGCAGAACCUGGACCUGCUCGAAGAACUUCAGGUGUCUCAUGCUCGUGUGUGUAGCCUGGAGAGCAGAGUGGAGGCUCUGGUCCAGUCUGACUCUCAGCUGAGGGAGCAGGUGACGGAGCUGGAGCAGGAGAAGCAGCAGCUGAUUGGCACGAUCUCACGCCUCCAAGACCUCCUCGACAGUUUGGGAAUACGCACAUCCCCAGACACACACGCCCUCCCCCCUCCCACCAGGACCGCACCUGCAAAUACUGGACACACCCUACCACACCCUUUAGCUCUCCCAGAGGAUUUGUAAUUUAAUGCAACUUCAAAUUGUCAAUGCAAGAGAACAUGGAUUUGUUUCUACCCAAAGUUUUUUAAAUGACUUAACUGAUUUUGCACCAAACGUAUGAUUUGAAUUAUAGCACUGACCCACAUGUCCACUUCUGUAACUAGGCUGAAUGGGACCUCUGUGUUUUUGAAUGUCCAAACAAGAAGGCCAAAGCCAAAGUAAAGUCUUUCAGUAGAAGGUGUAAACCAUAAGUUGUUUGCAAUAAACUGUGUUCAGAUUAAAAGGUCCAAGAUAUUGUGUCUCUACAGUAUAUAUAAUUAUGUUUGAUUCCACUGUGUUUUGAUUUUACCAUUGACUUUUUUUGUUUAUGUUUCAUUUCCCAAACACCGUGUAUGCUUUAAGCCUCACUUUAAGUAUUUUACCCAAAGAACCACACACUUUUUUACUGCUUGUUUAUAUCCUGGUAGUGAGAUAGUUUGCUAUUUCAAAGUAACUAUCCCUUUUAAAGGUGCAUUGCAUAGCUUUUCUGGUGGAGGAUGUCACUGCUUUGCUUAGAAUGUUCUACAGUAUGAUAUUAAACCGUUCUACUUUACAUUUAUUCAAAUACAGGUGGUUUUAUAGCUCAAAAAUACCUACAAAAACAGGUAUUCUGACUGUGAGCGGGGUCGCCUCUCCACAGAUCUGACCUGUAACUUGGUCUGGUUUGGUCUCCAUGAAGAUAAAAAGGCUUAAUGCAAUACUGUGAAACAUUCCAGACAAAGCAAUACAAUUUCUUGACUUAUCCUCCACCAGAAAUGUUACACAAUGCACCUUUAAGUUAGCGAGCCAGAUUAAGCAAAGCCGGCCCCAUUGUGUUUUUAUAGAGACAAAUGUGUGUUAAUGAUUUACUGUAUUGUACACUGAAUUUCCUCCACAGGAACUACGUAUCUGAACAUUUGAAAGUGUUAUUGUGUCUGUGUGCUUGUCACUUGUUCGACACUGUUUUAAGAUAUUUUACUUGCACAUUAUUUCUAUGUUUUAAUGACUCUUCAGUAUCUUUAAAUAUAUUUCUUAUUCUUUCA